CUUUUUUUGCUGACAUUCUUUUUUUCUUUUUUUUUGCUUCUGUCUCUGCUACACAAGGCUUCACAAGAGUUUUACAGCUUUAUACUCAGAAAUGACCUUAAAUGACCUUUUCGAGAGGAUAAACUGCAAUAUAGAACUGAGAAGGGGCACAACAGAUAAUAUCUAAAUAAUAAUUUAAAAUAAAUUCCAGCUGAAACUUUGAGCCAGGGUUAAGUAUAGUAUAUAUUAAGACAUGUGUUAUAUGGCAAGUCAUUUUUGUCCUGGUUAAGAACCGGGCAGCAGUGACAGUUUGAGGCCAUGGACUUCAUAACAAAUUGUAUAAAGUGGUUUGCAGUGUUUAAGUGGCUGGCUUUGACUGCACAAACUAGUUUUACGGUAUCUUUUUUAAGUAAUGAUACUACCAUUUUGAGUUUAAGAUCACAUAUCUAUAUUAGCUUUUUCAACAUUAAUAACAUGAGCAGACAGGGUAAACAGGUAAUUAGUUUGGAUCAACCUGCAGACCAGCAUUUUCACGUCACAGUAUGUUUGUUGGGGUUGUGUUGAUGUCCAUUUUAUGCAUUCAGCCCAACUGUGUGUUGCAUUUUCCCUUUUGUUUGCUUUUUUUCUUCUUUUUUAUGGCCCAAUUCCCAUUUCAGAGAACAAUCUCCACUAACUGACGAACAGUUGGUAGCAGGGUUCUCUGACAUCAUCCUCGCCACCAUUCUGGCCACCAAAUCUGACAUGUGUGGGAAAAAGUUUGAACUGAAGAUAGACAAUGUUCGAUUUGUGGGUCAUCCUACUCUCCUCCAGCACCCUCCCAUCAUUCAGGUUGCUAAAAUGGACCCUUCCCCCAAGAGAGAAAUGCCUACGAUGAUCUUGUUUAAUGUGGUGCUUGCACUAAGGGCGAACGCUGACCCGUCCGUCAUCAGCUGCAUGCACAACUUGUCACGCCGCAUCGCCAUCGCCCUGCAACACGAGGAGCGGCGCUGCCAGUACCUGACCAGAGAGGCCAAGCUGAUGCUGGCCGUCCAGGAUGAGAUCACCACCACGACUGAGACGGAUGGAAGCCCCCAGUCCCCAUUUAGACAAAUUCUUCCCAAAUGUAAACUAGCCAGGGACCUGAAGGAGGCUUAUGACAGCCUUUGUACAACUGGCGUGGUGCGACUACAUAUUAACAACUGGCUCGAGGUGAGCUUCUGUUUACCACACAAGAUCCACAGGAUCGGUGGUACCUACAUCCCCCCCGAGGCAUUAGAGCGCAGCCUCAAGGCUAUAAGACCCUAUCAUGCCCUGCUGCUCCUGGAAAGUGAGAAGGCACUGCUGAGCCAGCUUCCUCUGGACUGCUCGCCUGCAAUGGUGCGCCUCAUCAAAACCUGCUCGGCGGUGAAGAACCUGCAGCAGCUCGCACAGGAUGCUGACCUGGCCUUACUUCAGAUCUUUCAAAUUGCUGCUCACUUGGUUUAUUGGGGCAAAGCGAUCAUCAUCUACCCGCUGUGUGAGAACAACGUCUACAUGCUUUCUCCUCAUGCCAACAUCUCCCUAUACUCACCAUUGGCAGAACAUUUUUCCCAGCAGUUUCCUGGUCACGAUCUGCCCUCCAUGCUCGCCAAGUUCUCACUUCCUGUCUCACUCUCUGAGUUCAGAAACCCCCUGGAAGCUCCUGCACAGGAGGCUCAGCUGAUCCAGAUGGUGGUGUGGAUGCUCCAGCGCCGUUUACUGAUCCAGCUGCACACUUACGUCUGCCUGCUGGUACCGCCCAGCGAGGAUGAGCCCGGCUUGAGGGAUGAAGACCCUCCGCUGGCUGCCCGAUUAGGAGGACGCAGUCUCAGCACCCCAAGCGCUCUCAGCUUCGGCUCCCCGACCAGCAGUGAUGACAUGACGCUCACCAGUCCCAGUAUGGACAACUCCAGUGCAGAGCUACUGCCUGGUGGGGACUCUCCGCUUAACAAGAGGAUGACAGAGACGCUGCUUGCCAGCUUGUCAGAGCACGAGAGGCAGGUUAUUCUUAACAUCCCGGCUGCACAAAAUCCAGAGGAUCUGCGGAUGUUUGCCAGGCUGCUGCACUAUUUCCGGGGACAUCACCACCUGGAAGAGAUUAUGUACAAUGAGAACAUGAGGCGCUCGCAGCUCAAGACGAUGUUUGACAAGUUCCGCAGUGUCCUUGUGGUGACCAACCACGAGGAUCCCAUUAUUUCAAUCUUUCAGUCACCCAUGGAGUAGUGGCACAGAGACGGUAUCAGCUCUUACCAACUGGAAACAAUGUCAGUUUGAGAGCAGUUAAUAGCCUGCUGUGCUCACAGCAAAGUGCUAUUGCUCAGUGUUAUUUUAAAAAUGAAUUGACAAUGAUUGCGAAAUUGAUUGCAGAUUUUUUUCUCUUACGAGUCAAAUUUGUUUACAAUAUUAAAUUAUUUUGUACAUAGCCGAAAUACCUAAAGCGUUUACUCUGAAUAUUAAAACUAUUUAGUAUAACAGUGGUUUAACGUCAUCUUGCAACAGAUGGGCACACUUUGUAAUGAUCAUUUCAGACGUCAGCUACCUCUCCUCAGGAAUCCCAGAGGUGGGGAAAGAAAGAAAGACAGCAAGACAAGUGAAGGCUCUAAACAUCAGAGGCUAUUUUGCUUUGAGAGCAGAGCUUUUUCCAAACAUCUGUGAAAUCACUGAGUCGCGAGGAGAGAAAUGCCCAAGUAUGACUGCUUAUUAAAAAACACAAGACGGAAGAGCUAAACAAAAUACUCAUUUUAAUAGUCUGAUGAUUUGAGUCUUAUUCUAGCUGACUUAAUCUCUGUGUUUGCGGUUUACAAAAUUAAUAAGAACACACAUUGAAUAAUUGAUGCAGAUUGGAAUGUAGGCAUUCAACCAGUCCAGAAGGUUAUUCUACUUGACUUUCUUCUUGAGUUUUUAUACUGCCUAAAUGGGAGACGUCCACAGAGGGAACAGAUGGCAGAGUAGUUCCAGGGAUAUUCCUGUUACGCCCUCUUGACUUCUGAGGGACCUACAGUACAUUGUUCGUUACAUUUACAGACUGUCUUUCUGCCUCUUUAUUCACGACGCUAACACAGGGGUGCCCACGGAGAUAGAACCGCCAGGGCUUCAUGGCCCAUUCCCCAUGAGAUUCAAUUCCAACGCGUGGUGCCGAUACGAUGUCGUGGGGUUCUGCUGAAUUUGUGUCGGGCUCCCUCUCCAGCCACACGUCUGGGUCUGAGGCGAGGUCUCGGCGAUCAAAACAGCGGAGUAUAUUUAGAGCCUGGCACAGCUUGGACGGCCCGUUGGAAAGCUCUUUGUCCUUCAGUUGUCGGGCUCCCUCUCUGCGUCUGGCUGCCCUCAGCUGCCUCAUGAGGGGCUGACCCUGCAGGGACUCCAGGGAGCGCAGCAGCACGGCAGCACCCUCCCCUGGGGAACGAGCACACAAUAUGCAUCAGUCAGCAAGGCUCCACUCUGUCUCCUUCCUCUUGCCCUUUAUCCACGGAUGACAAAAACCACACUACUGUAUUGAUUUAGUGUCAUAUAAAUAAAUAAAAACACUUGGAAUUGGGCAUAUUGAACCUAAAAUGUAUCCGUUUGCAUGCUACAGUAGACAUGGCGGCUAUCACCUUUAGUGGGCAAUGCUGUUACCUUCACUAGACACGUUCAUACAGAGGUAGAUGCCAUAGAUCGGAUACACGUAGAUUGUGCCAGGCUUCAUGAACAUGGCGGUGUUCCUUUCAGUGCGUUUGCCUCCUGCUGAGUGUGAAGCGUUGUCCUCCCCUCCAAGGUAGGCUUCAGUUUCCACUAUUCUCCCUCGCAGCUCAGUCCCAUCGGCACACCUGCGGACCAACACCUGCAUGGACAAUGAGCAAGACAGAUCAUGUUUUUUAUUUUGUAUUAUUAAAUCGAUUAGUCAAAUUAA